UAUUGGCACUGCGUUGCAGACCAUAAACGAGGAUUUAACCCACUACGAAAACAAGCACCUUUUGGCGGAGGGUUGCAUGCGUAAUGUAAAUGUAAAGAAUAGUAAUGCGAAGAACGAUGAUGAGGACAAUGAGGAAUCGGAAGAAGAGAGUGAUGCCGAAGAAAUUUACGCACGCGUGCGGACGGCGGACGUAGAGGAGAAGAGCAGUGCUGUAUACUUUAUUGGUGUCUGUGCAGAGGUACUUCUUGCGGAUUUUGGCAUGUCAUGGAUAGAUGUCUGUUGGCCGGCGCUGAGUGAUUUGGACGCGCACUUCCAUAGCGGUAUUCGUUGCAGCGCCCUCAUGGCACUUGCGAGGCUUACGAAAGCAGCCCAGGGUUCCGAGCCGGUUGUGAAGUCCACAGCACAGGACACACUGACCUCGCAUGCGCGUCGGUUGUUGGACAGUUUGGUGAAUGACACGCUUCUUCCGUGUAUCCAUGGGGAGAAGGAUAAAGAAGUCGUGGCGUCAGCAUGUGACGCUUUUGCACUCUUGUUUGAUUACUUUGGUCCUCAAACAAUGAUUGCGGGCGUUGAUGUGUUUUUGGAGUCCGUCAAGACGCUUUUGAAGCAAGGUACCGCCUGCCAGCAGUCAAAUGAAGAUAGUGACGAUGAAGAGGAGGAAGAAUGCCCGCCCACAGGAGAUGAGGCGGUGGAUCUUGGGGAGGACCACGACGGUGUAUUGAUGGACGCAGUGUGCGACAUGAUUGAGUCAUUUGCCAAGGCGUAUGGAACAUCAUUUAAGGCCUACUUUGAUGCCAUCUUCCCCUUUCUUUUGCCCUACGCCGCGGAUGAUCGCCCAUCUGAGGAUGUUGUUAUGGCGACCGGGUGUAUAGCCACCAUCAUGGAGGCAAUGGGUUCAGCAUCAGAACCCUACAUUGAAGUUGCCGUUGCCCUGGCGUUGCACCUUAUUGAGACAACUGACGAAUCUUCAGCAAAGGCUAAUUGUGCAUAUCUUCUUCGGGUAUUGGUAGAGUGCUUUCCAUGUCGCUUUGAUAACGUUUCCGCUAUAAAUCCACUGCUGCAGGCACUUUGGGGAAUUGCUGGAAGCCAAGACGAGAUUCCCGCGGCGGUAGACAAUGCGGUGUCUGCGACAUGCACAAUGGUGCGCUUUCUCUCACCGACUACCAUUCCCCUUUCAUCUGUUGUCCCGGCGCUGCUGGAACGGAUACCGAUGCGUGUGGAUCGAACCGAAAACGCCAAUGCCAUUCGAACAAUCAUACACCUUCUGACAUCACAGCGAGAAUUUACAAAGUCGCACGUUUGGAUUGCGAUGGUGCGCUGCGUCGCCACCGUGCUGGCUGCACUGACCGUGGAUGAGGAGCAGAAGCAGCUGUUGGUCGUUCAAGGGGCCAUCCCUUUCAUUGAUAGUUGCCGACCCGAAUGGAGGGAAACAUGUGCACAGCUGCCAGUGGAAUUACAGGCCGCCUUGGAACGCUACGGCUGUUGCUGA